AUGGUGCCUGCUGUGAUAGUUUUCUUGUUUGUUUUGGUAACCCAAGUGUCAGCCUUCCGUUUUUGCCCCAAAUGUGGUAAAAUGGAAGUUCCAUAUCCACUUAGCACUGAUGAAAACUGUGGGGAUCCUAGGUACAGGAUCUACUGCAACAAUGGUGUCCUAGAGUUCAUGUCAGCUCAAGGGUUUUACUAUAACAUUCUCAGCAUUAAUCCCUGGUCUUCUAAGCUUGUUAUAAGCCCGCCCUUGAUACAGGAAAACACUUGUUACUCUGCUGAUCUCGGUGUAGGGGGGUUAGUGCUCGAUGAGAACUUACCUUUCAACAUCUCUACUCGUAACACUGUCAUGUUGUUUAACUGCUCUGAUAGCAUUCUGUUGUCCCCAUUGAAUUGCUCUUCAAGCAGCUUCUGUAGGCAGUUUGAGGAUGCGGGGAAAGGGGGAAGUGGCUGCAGAGGAACACUUUGCUGCCAUUUCUUGAAAGAUGCAUCCAUGACCUCGCAUAGGAUCAGGGUCAGGCUUGGAGGCUGCACUGCUUAUACUUCUGUGGUUGGUAAAAAGCCUAAUGAUCCCAUUGAUACAUGGAACUAUGGCAUUGAGCUGCAAUGGCUGCCUCCUUUCUGAUAAAAUUUCAGUUAGUUUCUUUGACAAGCUAUAAAUCAUGUUGCUCCCUGGAAUAGUGUCUCAUCUUUCUGUUAUAUGUAUCUGUUCAACUCUGAUCGUUAUGCUGUUGCUUUUCUUGCUUUGUUUCAUUGUAAUAUCAGUGAAUAAAUGAAAUGCAUGUCGGUUUUAACUUUA